AUGCCACGUUAUCCACCUGAAACAUCUCUUGUUUAUAAGAAGGAUACAAGCUUUGAUGAGUAUUCACCUGCCUUUUCACCCUCACCAUCGUCUGCCUCUCCAUCAUUGCCAAUCUUUAUUCCUGGGAGUCAUCAUUCAAAGCCUCUUUUACAAUCUGAGAGCGCACCAUUCAGUGAACGGACGGCUAAACUUGCUAAUUCCCCUGCAUUCCGCAACAAGCUAAAUAUGCCUCUUCGAGGUUUUGAAUCUGGCAGUUCUAAGACUGAUAAAACUAGGGGUUUUAUGGAGGCUGGUACAGCGGUUGAGAAGUUUUCCUCCCUCGGGAAAGAUGAUGCUAGACAAUAUUCUGAGGUUAAAAUAUCAUCCAGCAGCUCCAGUAGGUCUUUCCCUGAUGAUUUUGAUGAUUCUGACUUUCCUUGCCCGUUUGAUGUGGAUGAUGAGGAUGUGACAGAUCCAGGUAGCAGAAAUAAUUUGUAA